AUGGCGACGUUUGUGUGCAGGGUGCAGUUUUUAGAUGAUACUGAUCCAUUCAACAGCACCAACUUUCCGGAGCCCAGCAGACCUCCAGUGUACACAUUCAGGGAAGAUAUUCCUCUCAUCAAUCAGAUUGCUGGAGUGCACAGGCUGCUAAGAGCCCCGCAUAAGCCUGAUGACUGUGCACUUCAGUUGUCUCAUAAUGGAAGCUAUCUGGACUUGGAGUCGACGCUGGCAGAGCAAAAAGACGAAUUGGAGGGAUUUCAAGAGGAAGGAGGAAGAGGCAGAAAACACAACCUCAUACUUCGAACGCAGCUGUCAGUCAGAGUUCACGCUUGCAUUGAAAAACUCUACAACUCCACUGGAAGGGAGCUGAGAAGAGCCCUCUUUUCCCUCAAGCAAAUCUUUCAGGAUGACAAAGAUCUAGUGCAUGAGUUUGUGGUUGCUGAGGGACUGACGUGCCUGAUCAAAGUGGGUGCUGAAGCUGACCAAAACUACCAGAAUUACAUCCUCAGAGCUCUUGGACAGAUCAUGCUUUUUGUUGAUGGCAUGAAUGGCCUCAUUGCUCAUAAUGACACAGUCCAAUGGCUCUACACCCUUGUUGGAACAAAGUUCCGUCUGGUGGUGAAGACGGCCCUGAAGCUCUUGUUGGUAUUCGUGGAGUACACAGAGUCAAAUGCGGCCCUGUUCAUUAAGGCCGUGAACGCUAUAGAUGCCAAAAGAGGCACAAAACUAUGGGGAAACAUCAUGGAGAUCCUGAAUGAGAAGGAUGGAGUAGAUACCGAAUUGCUGGUGUAUGCAAUGACGCUCAUCAACAAGACUUUGGCCGGUCUGCCAGAUCAAGACUCUUACUACGACAUGGUGGAUUGUUUGGAGGAACAGGGUAUCGAGGCCUUGACAAAGAGACACCUAAGUAGGAAGGGCUCUGACCUUGACCUUGUAGAGCAGUUAAACAUCUACGAGACGACUCUGCGCCGCGAGGAUGGUGACGAUGAAACACAGUUGCCUCCAAGCGGCAGGAAGGCGCGCCGGCGGGCGAGCAUGAGCGGCACCAAUGAGCGGCGUGGGCUAGAGCGACGACGAAGCCGCAGACAUUCGCUUCAAAACAAUAAAGGUCAAGACUCGGCGCUAGCAUCGCCGUGUGGUCCUCGUGGAAGCAGCUACCUGCCGUUUGGUGGCCAACAUGAUGAAGACAUCAGUGAAAGAGAUGAGGAAGAGGAGGAUGAGGAGGAUGAAGGAGAGGAGGAUUUGGAGGAGGAGGAGGCAGAUGAUGAGAGUCCUCCAGUCACCGAGUCCUCUAGGCAGGACGGUCACAGUAUGACAGAAACAUCUAACACGCUUAGAAAGACUUGCUGGGCUGAAAGGGUUACUUCUAAUGGAGCUCUACAUUCUGGCACAUCCAGCCAUCGCUUUACGAGCACAGCAGCCUGCACACCAGAAUCUAAAACUGACAGACCUGCUUUAGGAGGCCUGCUGAGUUCCUCAUACAGGCAGCAUCAAGAGUCUCUGGCUGCAGAGAGGGAAAGGAGGCGCGCAGAACGAGAGGAGCGUCUGCAGCGGAUCGAAAGGGAGGAGAGGGACCGCUUUAAUCGAGACUACAUUGAUAAAAGGGAAGAAGCAAGACAAGCCAGAGAGGAAAGGUACAAGGCCGUGGAGAGGCAAGCAGCCGAGGAGUUUGAGCGAGAGCGGCCCAGAGUGCCUGUAAGAGGACGUACGGAGAUAACGCUGUGUUUGAGUUCCAAUCCCGCCAUCCGCUCGGCGUCCCGCUGUGUGACCACUUCGUCUAUCGCAUCACAAGAAGAUAAGACCCCAAAUGCUCAGCAGAAGACAGGAACGGAAACAAUCCCGGAAUCAAAACUUGACUCUCCAACAAGAACAAAAAGUCCAACAUCAGAAUCAACAAGAUCAGAACUUUGUCCUUCACCUCCCUCGCAACCAAAUAUGGCUGUGAAAGAGCCGCCAGAAGACUCUGAGGAUGUUUCUGACAUUCAACCAGUUCAGAAUGUAGUUGUCGAGCCAGAAGGGUGUGAAGAGGGAGGAGUGGACAAUGAAGAAAGACAGGAAGAGGGGAACCUUGUAGAGCAAGAACAGUAUGAGACUGAGGGAGAAGGAGAAGAGCAGGUGAAUAUGGUGGAAGUGGCUGAUGAAGCACAGGACUCUAGUAUAGCAGUAGUGGAUUUAGAAGAUGUUGAGUUAGAGGAGAAUUGUAUGAGGGUUCCCAUUAUAGAGAGGGAUGUCGAAGAAAGUAUAGUGUUAAGCGAGAAAGAGAGACAGAAUGAGGAAGUGAAUGAAAAGGACAACUGCUCAGCCUCCAGCAUCUCCUCCACUAGCAGCACUUUGGAGAGAGAAGAGCGUGAGGACAAAGUCAAAAAUGACAUCGAAGCAGGCCAGUGGAGCCAGUGCAUCGAAGACACAGAAGAGAACAACAUCCUCAACAACAAGCGCUUUAUGCUGGACAUGCUCUACGCUCACACAUCAAACAAGGAGGCUGACAUCACAGGAGGAAAGACGGAGAAAGAAACUCAAUGUAAAUGUGAAAAAGACACAGAGGUGACAGACCCCUCUGUGGUGAGUGUGGCUAGCAGGAACUCCACAUUGGAGGCUCACAGGCAAGCCAAAGAAGAAAAUGUGAAGAAACUAGAGGUGGGCAACAUGGAAAAGCAGGGUACUGUACGGGCUGUGGCAGAGAAACUUGGUGAUUUAGUUAAAGUUUUGACAUCUACUGAAGCAGAGAUGUCUGUGGAACUACAACACACUUUGUGUGAGAAACCUCCAGUCAGCAUGACUUCAGUCCAGAAGAAAGAAUCGGACCAAAUUUGGGACCAGCUCAUGGCCGCGCCCCGUGAGCUACGCAUCAAGGAAAUCGAUUUCACUGACCUGCGGGACGAGGAUGACAUAGAUAUUUUAGAUAUGGACACUAUGAUGAGUUCUGGUGAUCUUCUCCCGCCACCGCCUCCUCCUCCUCUGUGCAAUGCUGCUCUACCGCCACCCCCGCCACCUCCCAUCCUCGGCAAGAUGAUACGUCCCCCUCCACCUUUCAUGCCGCCUCCUUCCCCUCAGCUGAAUCGAGCGGAAGUACCUUUGUUCCUCAAGAAGAAAAAGACUAUUCGGCUCUUCUGGAAUGAGGUGCGCCCCAUGGAAUGGCAGUGCAAGACCCAUAAGUUCUGCAAGGAGUCCCUUUGGUCCAAACUAGAGCCACUUAAACUGGACACAUCCAAGCUGGAGCAGCUGUUUGAGUCUAAAUCCAAGGAGCUGCCUGUUACUAAGAAAGCAGCAGUUGAUGGCAAAAGACAAGAAAUCAUAGUCCUUGAUUCCAAACGCAGCAACGCCAUAAACAUCGGUUUAACUGUCUUACCUCCUCCUCGCACAAUCAAGACCGCCAUUCUCAACUUUGAUGAGUAUGCACUGAACAAAGAAGGUAUUGAGAAAAUCCUGACCAUGAUCCCCACAGAGGAAGAGAAGCAGAGGAUCCAAGAGGCUCAACUGCUCAAUCCCGAUAUUCCCUUGGGCAGCGCUGAGCAGUUUCUCCUCAUCCUCUCCUCCAUCACCGAACUCUCGGCCCGUCUGCAGCUGUGGGCCUUCAAGAUGGAUUAUGAGCUUAUUGAAAAGGAAGUUGCAGAACCCCUCCAGGACCUUAAGGAAGGAAUGGACCAACUGGAGAAAAACACAACCCUCCGCUAUAUCUUGACCACACUGUUAGCCAUCGGCAACUUCCUUAAUGGCACUAAUGCCAAAGGCUUUGAGCUGAGUUACCUCGAGAAAGUCCCUGAGGUAAAGGACACGGUUCACAAACAGUCUCUGCUACACCACACCUGCGCCAUCGUGGUGGAAAAGUUUCCAGACAGUUCUGAUCUCUACUCUGAGAUUGGAGCCAUCACCCGCCUCACCAAGGUGGACUUUGACCAACUCCAAGACAAUCUGGCUCAAAUGGAGAGAAGGUGCAAGGCAUCUUGGGAUCACCUAAAAGUCAUCUCCAAACAUGAGAUGAAACCAGCACUAAAAGCAAAAAUGUCCGACUUCCUCAAAGAUUGCGCUGAGAGGAUUAUUAUUCUAAAGAUCGUACAUAGGAGGAUAAUCAACAGAUUUCACGCCUUCCUAUUGUUUCUGGGCCAUCCAGUAUACGGCGUCCGCGAUGUCAGCAUUCAUCGCUUUAGUAAAAUCCUCAGUGAAUUUGCACUGGAGUACCGCACAGCAAGGGAGCGCGUGUUGCAGCAGAAACAGAAGAGGGCCAACCAUCGUGAAAGGAACAAGACCAGAGGAAAAAUGAUAACAGAUAGUGACAACGAAAGUGACAGUGAGAGCGUAAAAUUUGGCGGGGCCCAGCCCGAUGCACCCGAGAGCCAGCCCCAGGGUAUUCAAUAUGCGGAGGACGCAGCCGAGCACGAGAACAUGAAGGCCGUGCUGAAGGGCGGCGUGCAGAAGGGUGGCGUGCAGGGCGGCGAGAGCGAGACGUCCACGGUGCCGGGCCUGCGUUCCCGCACGCGAGCUAGCAGCUCAAGAACACGUGUGCCUCCGUGGUGCAUCGCUAACGACGAUGCUAUUAACUGUAUGGAUGACACGGCCGAUGAGAUCAUGGAGCGAAUCGUACGCUCGGCCACUCAGGGGCCCGGCCAGAGGUCACAACCUCGAGAGAGGCGACGCUCCCGAGUCAAUCGCAAAUCACUGAGGAGGACGCUGAAGAGCGGUUUGACAUCGGAGGAGGCCAAUGUCCUGGGCUUGUCGGGUGCUUCCGACAUGCAAGUAUGA